GUGGUGGUGGUGCCCUCUCCUCCUCCUCCUUCUUCCUCUUCUUCCCUCAGGACACACAGAGAGGAACAAGCUUGAAGUUUAACACGUGAAGGUUAGUGACAUCAUGACAACGAUUCGGCAGAGAAAGGGAACAAAAUCCACAGAAGUUGCAGAAGAAUGUCAAUCACAAGAGAAGAACUGGAAACUUAAUGGGAAAAUUGUCCCUGGUGGGAAACUUUGGAAAAAACUUUCGCCCCUUGUUGGUGGAAUCAUUGGCAUUUCCCUCGCAGUUCUUACUUCCGUUUACGUUGCUACAUUGCACGAAAAUGACCUGUGGUUUUCCAACAUCAAGGAGGUUGAGCGAGAGAUUUCUUUCAGAACGGAGUGCGGCCUCUACUACUCCUACUACAAGCAGAUGCUGCAGGCACCGUCCAUUCAGCAAGGUUUAUAUGGCUUGAUUUAUGACAAUAAAACGGAAUCCAUGAGGACAAUUAACAUACUUGAAAGAAUGAAUGUUUACCAAGAAGUAUUCCUCAGCAUCCUGUAUACAGUUUUUCAAGUGAAGAAUUUUUUAGAACCUGUGUAUUUUUAUAUCUAUACGGUGUUUGGCCUUCAGUCGGUGUAUGUCCUGGCACUUUAUGGAACCAGCUGGCUUCUCAGUGGAACCUGGCUUUCCGGUGUAUUAGCGGCCUUCUGGUACAUCACAAACAGAAUAGAUACGACUCGUGUGGAAUUCACCAUUCCGUUAAGAGAGAACUGGGCCCUGCCGUUCUUCGCUGUUCAGACAGCGGCAAUUACAUUCCUGUUCAGGACUCAUUUACGACCUACUCAUGAAAAGCUGACACUGGCAGCAUUGUUUAUAUCAACCUCACUCUUCAGUUUGGCUUGGCAGUUUAAUCAAUUUAUGCUGCUGAUGCAGGCCUUGGUGUUGUUCACUCUCGACUCUCUGGACCUGCUUCCUAGCAAAAAGGUUACCUGGAUCUAUGUGAUACAAGUGGCUAGUUUGCUUCUUGUCUGCCUUCUGCAGUUCUUCAACUCCAUGAUAGUCGGAUCACUGCUUAUAAGCUUUAAUAUAUCUGCCUUGUUAGCCAGAAAACUACAGAAUAACCUGAAAAUUGGCGGCUUGUUCAGCAGACUUGGAAAGCUUUUCCUCCAUAUUCUCUUAGUGCUAAGUUUGACAUUUCUCGGAAAUAAUUUUAUCAAGAAAGUUCUUAACCUGGAAUCGGAUGAGCAUAUCUUUAAAUUUCUGAAAGCGAAAUUUGGAUUUGGAGCAACAAGAGACUUUGAUGCCAAUCUGUACCUGUGUGAAGAAGCUUUUGGUCUCUUGCCUUUUAAUACUUUUACGAGACUUUCUGACUCAUUGGUUUUCUACCCUUAUAUAUUUGUGGUUGUUGUGAUGACGAUAACAGCUGCUGCUGUUGCUUUUCAAAAUCUGAGUGGUUCUGCAAAUGCCAGAUACGCAGAAAGGCAGCAAAAAUGGCCAACGCAGCUGAAACCUGGUGUUGCUUACAACUUAGGGCAUACCAUCCUGUUUGGAUUGCUCGCUUUGAGCACAAUGCGGAUGAAGUACCUUUGGACAUCGCAUAUAUGCGUGUUUGCAGCUUCUGGUUUGUGCAGUGGUGACAUGUGGGGCCUGGUCUUGAGAUUCCUCCAUCUGUACACACCACAAAGGGUGUCUGUGAUUCGAUAUUUAACACCAGUGCUCAUAUUACUCUAUCUUUGUUACAAGUUCUGGCCUGGAGUGAUGGCUGAGCUGUCAGAGCUGAGGGAGUUCUAUGACCCAGACACAGUGGAGCUGAUGAACUGGAUUAAGAGCAACACCCCCAAGAAAGCAGUGAUUGGUGGAAGCAUGCAACUCUUAGCAGGCGUCAAACUGUGUACGGGCCGGGUUUUGACCAACCACCCCCAUUACGAAAACAAAAGCCUGAGAGAACGGACAAAGCAGGUGUAUCAAGUGUAUGCAAAAAGAUCUCCUGAAGAUGUCCACAGAAUCCUCAGGUCAUUUGGGACGGACUUUGUAAUCCUGGAGGACAGCAUUUGUUACGAAAGAAGGCACAGCAGGGGCUGCCGACUGCGGGACCUUCUUGACAUUGCAAAUGGCCACAUUAUGGAUGGUCCUGGGGAAAAUGAUCCUGAUCUGAAACCGUCACCAUAUCCUCGCUUCUGUGAGGAAAUCAAAAGAAACCUGCCUCCAUAUACAACGUAUUUCACGAAAGUAUUUCAUAACAAAACAUUCCACGUUUACAAACUUGCGAGACAUAAAAAAACGACAUAGAUUUGCUCUGGUUGUGGUAGAAAAUCCUACGCGUUAACAAAACGGCUUGGAUUUUUUUUGAAAUGGGAUGAUACACUGGUUCAUGUUUACUUCGUAAUUACUGUGACGAUUUUUAAGUGUCUGUGUCAGUAACAUUAUUUGUCAAGGGAAUGUGAGACUGGUUCGCAGAUGCCACUGGUAUGGACACUGCCAUUGAUGUGCAGGUUUUUAAUGAGUUCUAACAUCCCAGAUACAAUUCUGUUUGUGACUCCUUUCUUCAGGAUGGUUGGUGGUUGUAGACGCCACAUCUCUACCGAUGCUGGAUGUGCAGAGAAGGGUUGUGAGCCCAAGACAUAUUCCUACCUCCAGGGUGUGCGGAACCUGUUUAUGGGGCCUAUAUGAACCUACUGUGAUUUCGUUGCUUUGAAUUACUAACAGGGGCAUUCUACUCAAGAUUCUGGUUUGGUAGAGCAGUCUUCAGACACCACUGGCUUGUUGCUUCCGCUUCUUUUUCCUACUGCAUUCUGGGGAACCCUUAAAAAGGUUUCCCCUUUGUAUUAUGUCUAAUCGUGUCCAACUCUGUGAGGUGGUGCCCAUCUCCAUUUCUAAGCCGAAGAGCCGGCGUUGUCCAUAGACACCUCCAAGGUCAUGUGGCCACGGGCAUGACUGCAUGGAGCGUUGUUACUUUCCCACAGAAGUAUUGAUCUAUUGCAUGUUUUCAAACUGCUAGGAUGGCAGAAGCUGGGGCUAACAGUGGGAGCUCACCCCACUCCCCGGAUUUGAACCACCAACCUUUUGGUCAGCAAUUCAGCAGCUCAACGGUUGCACCACCAGGGACUCCUAGGGGAACGCUAGGGAUUUGCAAAAUUAUUGUAGGGAUUUCACUAAAAAUUUUCAAAAAUGGAUUUUAAAAUAAAACUCUACAAAGCCAA